AUGGUGCUGGGCAGGUACUGCUUCGAUGAGGAGGAUUUUUCGGGGGAGACGUUCGAGGUGGGGACUUUCCUGGAGGACUGCCGUACACACAGCCCAAUGGAGACCAUCCAUCAAGACCUAAAGCAGUUCCAGACGGCGCUAGAGAACCAGCUUGUUGCUAUCAUCAACGAGGACUACGCGGAAUUCCUUCAACUUUCGUCCAAACUCAAGGGCGUGGAUGAGGCCGUGUCCAGCGUACGUGCACCUAUCUUGGCGGUGCUUAAGCGAGUGGACGAAGUGCAGAGUGCUAUGAUCGCUCUGCAAAAUAAGAUGCAGAAGCAACUACAAACGGCGAGAGAACUACAGCAACAGGAGAGCAAUCUGCAGCUCAGUAUUCAGAUCUCACAGAAGUUGUUGCUCCUGGAAGAGUUACUAGAGAUCGAGUCGCCGGCAGAUAGUGACGAGGAGCAGAGCUCGGGUAGAGAUGGAACAGUCGACUCGGACGAGGACAGCGACGACGAGUUUGAGAAUUUCGAUCGAGUCAAAAAGAGCCUCAACACUAUGAGUACGGCCGAGAGCUGUGCGAAGCUAGAGCGCGCAGCACAGAUUUUUGUCCAGCUGGAUCUCGAGUUCAUGAACGCUAUGCACCUUAACACAAUCCAGAGGGAGGAGAAACGUCUUGCAGCUAUUGAAGAAACGCUUCUCCAUCGACUGGAGACGGAAUUCGCGACGGAAAUCUUUCCCGAUACAUUUUACAACCGUGACCACGCCAUCAGUGCACUGACACUAAGCUACUUGCUGCGAGCUUAUGUACUUCUCCACAAGAGUAACAUCCCCGAAGAAAUGAUCGGACGUCUGCUUGUCCAGCCUUUUGCUGAAGAAAUUUUGACGCGGGGUAAACUGGACGGUAGAGUUCGUGGUUCUUGUGAAGGUUUGCCACAGAUUUACGAGUCCAUUGUGGACUUCAUUACCAGCAAGUUUGCGGACACUCUUGCACUAUCUGUUUGUCAAGGAGAGAGCAAGUGUUCAGUCGACAUUCUCGGGAACGCAAUCUGGAAACCUUUGCAAGAGAUCUUGGCAUCAAAACAUGGAGUAAUUUUUCAAGCUGCGGACCCUGACCGCUUCCACCAAAGCUACACCAUCAGUAUGCGCUUUCUAUCGGAGAUUGAAGAGCGUUUCUGCAAAACGGAGAUCAUGAAGAUCCGAUUCCGAGCACACGAGAGCGUAGUGGAGUUCAAGGAGAAGUGGAAUAUCGACGUGUACUUCCAGCUGCGAGCGUCGCAAUUGGCGUCGAGCUUAGAGAAGUCUUUCGGUGUCAAACGUGACGAACCAGCAACACCAGACUCGCUAAACAGGACAGCCAACUCAGUUGACACGUCAGCGUUAGUUUUCGAGAACUCGAAACGCCUGUGGCAGGUAUCGCAAGACUGCUGGAGCGAGCGAAUCUUCCUGGCACCACUGCUUCCCAAUUUCUGCAAGCUUUGCGUCCAGCUUUUCACGUAUUAUAUUGACAUUUGGAAAGAACCGCUGUUGAAUACUGUGGCGAUGAUAAAUACCGGGAACAAGGUGGAUUUUGCCACGGUGCCGCUUUAUUUUCUCACUACCGACGAAGAUUUACUGUUUGCUGGAAGCGAUUUUCACGUCCUGUUCAAGAAGAUUUCUCAAGAUCUCCUCGCUAUCGUUAAGACUCACGUUGAUGGCUUCACGGACGACAGUGAAGUUUUCGUGACUGAAUUGUUCCAAGAGCCGCUUGCAUCAUUGGCUGAGCUGGAGGCUAGUUGCUGGUCUACAGCAGUGACGAUGGUAGCUGCAGGCUGUAAAAAGGUUCUGCCUGCUAUCCGCACUGUGAAGGGUCAGUAUCAGAUGACAAACAAGCCUCCUCCAACGGCCCCGUCGACCUACGUGUCCAACAUCAUUCGACCAAUGCAGGAAUUCUUGGAGAAGUGGGGCGUUCACUUCGAUGCAGCCAAACGACAGCAACUGUUGCAGGCCAUUGUGGAAGAUGUCUGCGAUGUGUACUCCAGCCUGUCGUCGGAGCUACUGAGGUCGGCAUUGGAGCUCGAAGAAUCGCUUAAGAGCCGAAAGCUGCAGCGACACUCUGGAUCCAGCUCCACCCUAACCAACAACGCUGUUUCCGACACGGAGAAGAUGCGAAUGCAGUUGCUGCUCGACCUCCAAAAGAUCCAACGGGAGGCGGCGGCGCUCGGGUUGGACGUGACGCUAUGUAGUGGACUGCAGACGGCAAUCGCCAAACUGUCGGAAUCAGUUCGCUAA